AUGUCUGCCAUCGAUGAUGAUACGAAAAUAAGCAGGAUUAUUGAUGACCUCGUAGAUAUUCAAGAACUUAGACCUUCAAGCCCGCCCAAUAUUGACGAUGGUACACUGCUCUAUCAAGUAUUGGACCAAGCACCUCAUGGUAGGAAACUAAUGAAUUAUAUGACAUAUUCACGACCACCUAGUGAUAUCCAUGGCUAUAACAAGGGUCCCACUCAAAAGAAAACUCUAGUUAUCAAUCAAAGGUGGCUUGACGAAGAAAAGAGAGCCAAUACACAAAUUACACCAGCAACAUUACAACUAGAGACACCGGUCAUAUUCUCAUGGAGUAAAAAAGCUCAUGAUACUAAGAAAGAUCAGACUGUUAAAUCCCAGAAUGACUCAACUGUGCGAGAAUCUACCAACAACCGUCUCUACAAAACUGUAGCUGCACGUUUAGACGAAAUCAAAUCAAGAGAGAAUUGGGAUUCAAAAUAUUCAAGACCAAGCACUGUGAAUGGUACAAAUGCUAGUUCUCCUGAGAAAUCGGAAUGGGCGAAUCCCAAUUUCAAAGUUGAUCCGUUGCAGCCCUUUGUAGCUAAAAUUGUUAAAGAGCCUAAGAAGAAAGCACCAAAGAAAGAAAAGGCGCCAUCGAAGAUGAAAAAUCUGUUUAGCUUUCUCAGCAAUAGCAAUAAGAAGGAAAGGUCACAAUCACCAGAUACUAAGCCUGCAGUUCAUAGUAGCGGUCCAGAACCAUCACAGGAAAUUGAAGCCUCAACAGAUGUAGAUGAACAAGACCAAGAACAAGAAAACAAGCGUACUGAUGACACGAUUCAAGAGCAGGUCUCUCCAUCGACGAGUGUCACUGUGGAAAAUACACCAACACCUACAGUCCCGUCAGCACCACCAAAAUUAGCAUCAACCCAUGAUUUCAACGCAGAUAGUCCAUUAAGCAUGGAUUCAUUCAUUCCGUUGAAACCUAAAAAGAAGAAUUAA